AUGGCGGAUAUGCUAAAAAUGAUAGUAGCCUCCAAUAUACAAACUCAAGUACUUCUUCAAGGCGCUCAUGCAUCCCUGAAAAAUUUAGAGAACACUAUGAGUCAAAUUGUCACUUCAUUAAGUCAAAGUGAGCCACAGAAUCAAGGAAAAUUACUUUCACAGCCUGUUCGGAACCCCAGGGAAAAUGCUAAUGCCAUCACAUUAAGAGAUGGCAAGACUUAUGAUCCACCCACUAUCCCAUUACCUCCUAUCCAAUCUGCCCAAAAAGACAAAGAUGAAACCCCAACCACAACACUCAACCCUAAACCAACUAUUCCCACUUAUGUCACUACUCCUCCAUUUCCUAGUCGUUUGAGAAAGACAAAGAAAGAUGAAGAUGAACAGGAAAUACUAGAGACUUUUCGCAAGGUUAAGUUUUCAAAGGAGUUAUGCACCAAUAAGAGGAAGCUAAAAGGGAAUGAAAAGGUGAGUGUGGGGGAAAAUGUUUCAGUGGUUCUUCAAAAGAAACUUCUACCAAAGUGUAAGGAUCCUAGCACCUUCACUAUUCCUUGCACUAUUGACAAUAAAAGGAUUGAAAUAUGUACUUUAGAUUUGGGUGCUUCAAUCAAUGUAAUGCCUUACUCUAUUUAUACCUAUUUGAUUUUGGGACCACUGGAAGAAAUGAGGGUGAUCAUACAAUUAGCGGAUCAUUUUAAUGCCUAUCCAAGGGUAGUAGUAGAGGAUGUAUUGGUUAAAGUAAGUGAAUUGGUUUUUCCGGUGGACUUUUACAUUCUUGAUACGGAAGAUGACUCAAUUCCAUGUUCUACACCAGUAUUAUCGGGAAGGCCAUUCUUAAAGACAGCUAGAACUAAGAUAGAUGUUCAUGAGGGAACUUUGACCAUGGAGUUUGAUGGUGAGGUGAUUCACUUUAAUAUUUUUGAGGCCAUGCGGUAUCCAAGUGAUGUUCAUUCAGUUUCUUCAAUUGAUAUUCUGGACUCAUUGUCACAAAGAGUUCUAGAUUUACAUGAAGAGGAUGGGUUAGAUGUUGUUUUGAGGGAACCAAUAGACUUGAAGAAAUAUGAUGUCACUACCGAAGUAAAGGAGAUAGUGGCUACACUUAAUAGUGGUGGAGAGGUUUCUAAAGAGGUAUCAUUCUUAGAGUUGCCUGUUUGUCAUGAGCAACUUCAACCAUCUGUUAAAUCACCACCUAAGCUUGAAUUAAAACCACUACCCGAGCAUCUCAAAUAUGUUUACUUGGGUGAGAAAGAGACAUUGCCGGUUAUUAUCACCACACAACUUACCCAAGUACAAGAGGAUCGUUUGAUAAGGGUGCUUUAG